GCUAAGGUGGGCACCAAUGGGAAGUCGCAUGGACAGCGCUUCGCCAUGGAGCCACAGGACCAGACUGCCAUCGUCGGGUCACGCGUGACGCUUCCGUGUCGCGUGAUUGACAAGGUGGGCAUGCUUCAGUGGACAAAGGACGACUUUGGCCUGGGCACCCAUCGCAACUUGAGCGGCUUCGACCGAUAUUCGAUGGUGGGUAGCGAUGAGGAGGGUGACUAUUCGCUGGACGUGUAUCCCGUUAUGUUGGACGAUGACGCCAAGUAUCAGUGCCAAGUCGGACCGGGUGCAGAUGGUCAAUUGGGAAUUCGUUCACGUUUUGCCACAUUGACGGUUCUCGUGCCGCCAGAGCCACCGAAAAUAAUUCAAGGUGAUUUUAUGGUGACCACAGAAGAUCGUGAAAUAGAAUUAGAGUGCAUCUCUAUUGGGGGAAAGCCAGCGGCUGAGAUUACGUGGAUUGAUGGCUUGGGAAACGUACUCACGGCCGGAAUAGAUUACAUGAAGGAACCACUGCCGGAUUCGAGACGCUUCACUGCGAAAUCAGUGUUGAAAUUGACUCCAAAGAAGGAGCAUCAUAACACAACAUUCACGUGCCAAGCGCAAAACACCGCCGAUCGAACAUAUCGAGCGGCUAAAUUGAAAUUGGAGGUGAAAUAUGCACCAAAAGUGACAGUUUCUGUGAUUGGAGGCGCUCUAGCUGGCGGUCGGAUUCCCGAGGGCGCGGAAGUGCGAUUGUCUUGUCACGCGGACGCCAAUCCCAACGAUCUGACGUAUCGGUGGUACAUCAAUGACGAGCUUGUGGUGGGCGACUAUACGACCGAAAUGCUAAUCCACAACAUCACGCGCAAAUUUCACGAUGCCAUUGUAAAAUGUGAAGUCCACAACGCCGUUGGGAAGAGCGAGGAGAGCGAAACUCUGGAUAUUAGCUAUGGUCCAGCGUUCAGGACGCGCCCGAAGUCCGUGGAGGCCGACGUUGGCACAGAGGUGUCACUGUUCUGUGACGUUGACGGCAAUCCGACUCCGGAUAUUGUGUGGAUCCACGAUCCGGCGGAUCGAGUCGUGCGGACAUCGUCGAAUUUCACUGUUACCGUGACACAAGAGACCGCCGGGCGAUACUAUUGCAAGGCGAGCGUGAUGGGCUUCCCGGAGAUUGGGGCCGAAGCCACGGUGUACCUGAAGGGACCGCCAGUGAUAUCGUCAGCCCAGCGUCAGCAUGGCAUUGUGGGGGACAAUGCGAGGCUGGAGUGUGUGGCAUUCUCAGUGCCCAAGGCUCGCCACGUCUCGUGGACAUUCAAUGGGCGAGAAAUCAACACGAGCAACGAUCAGGACUACUCAAUACUGGAAGACCCAGUUCCGGAAGGCAUCAAAUCCACCCUGAUAAUCCGUGAGAGUCAAUCACGCCACUUCGGUCGAUACAAUUGCACCGUUGUGAAUGACUAUGGCAAUGAUAUCUUGGAAAUUGACCUCCUGCCACAAACGAUAGCACCCUCCCUGAUAAUUAUCGUGUGUGUGGGACUGUCGGUGGCGAUAACAAUUCUCGUCGUCAUCUUCCUGUGUAUCUUCCUGAAGCGUGGCAAGAAGAAACUGCCACCGGCCGAUGUGAUUCCUGAGCACCACAUUUCUGAGAAGGGGUGCAAAGAGAGUGACCGCUCUUCCAACAUAAGUGACCUAAAAGUGGACAUUCGGUCUGGGUCCUGCGAGCCUGACUACUCAGAGACAUGCUCCGGCUCUGACAGCAUCGCCACUCGCCUCGCAGCCAACAUUCUGGGCUCCAAUCAAGGAACAACGACAGUCGGAGGCGUUCCGCUCGCUGGUCCAGUCAAAAUCCCCAACGACUAUCGGUACUCUGGAGAUUACACGGACCCAUUAGGACAUUUGCAACAGUUGAAGUCUGGCCAGAACAACAAUGGCUAUGUACCUUAUGUGGAUUAUGCACGAGAUUAUAGUCCACCACCGCAGACUCUCACGGCGCUUAGGACAUCGAGUGCCGCCAUGAACGGCCAAUUGCCAACUGGUGGCACUUUCAGUUUGAAUCGCCACAGAGCCACGGAGCUGCGCCAAGAUAAUGGACUACCGAGUGUCCAGAAUAGUCUGAAUUCGCUCCCGAAUGGUUUUCUCGGACAACCACUUCUGCAGAACGGCCUUAGUAUAGAUCCACGAUACAGUGCCACAUACGGAAAUCCGUAUCUUCGGACAUCGAACGCCUCUCUCCCGCCCCUCCCGCCGCCCAGUACGGCUAAUCCCGCCGCAACGCCGGCGCCCCCGCCAUACAAUGCCGCCACGCGGCUCACACAGGCGACGCCGCCCACCACGACCACAUCUGGCUCCAGUGGCAUCAGUCUCGGCAGCGUGGGCAGCCUGGGCGGCGGCAGCACAACAACUCUCCUUCCCAGCCAAGUGUCGGCGAGCAGCUCGGGUCAGUUCAUCCUGCCGGCCAACGGCAACCUGAAGAAGACCGGCGCGCUCGCGACGCACGUCUAAAAGCCCAGCUAAAGUCGAUAUGUGAUAAUAGCAUUAGCGCUAUUGAGUGGUUUAAUCUGUGUCAAAGACAAUACUAAGGUCAACUUCUGAGGAGGUCCUUCUGUGCGCCCAAGGGCGUCGCGUGUGCUCUUGAAAUUCCAUACAGAGGUCCGAAUGCAAAAAGACUAGAAAGUCGACGAAUUGACAGAAAUCGUUGUUCUUUCGUCCAGCAGAGAAAGUGCGUACAUUACAGAGGAGAAUGAUUAACGUUUCCAAUUCAUUGAUAUUCGAAUAUUUCUCUCGUCAAAAAUUGCGAAUAUCCAGAAAUGUAAGUAUUGUUUCAAGAAUAUCAAGUAUUUUCGGGAAAUUUUGCCAAUUUUUCAAGAAUUCCAAAAAUCGUGAUUGAAAACAGCUGGCAAACGUACAAAAAUCACCUUUUUCGCGUGAUUUAGAAUCAUAUGAAUUUGUAAGCAAGAAAGUAAGGAAAAUAGAGAGAAAACCGUUUUUCGAAAACGUUUCUUCUCUCUCUUGUAUGCCUCGAUCUGACAAUGGAAGAAAAAUAAAUGACGAACUACACCGGAUUGAAAUAGAUUUCAAUUAUAAAAAAUCUUUCACACAAUUUAUUUAAAUCGUAUUUAAAACUAAAAGUAUACACAAUAUAAAUAAUUUCCCAAAUUUUUAAAAUAAUGGAAAAUUGAAGCAUAAAGUUCAGAUUAUAUAUUUUUCAUUACUGCAUAAGGACCUAUUUAUUAUUCAGCUGGAUAAGGAAUGCCAAAAAAUGUUCGAAAAGAAAACUUCAGUGCGUAGAGUGAUAUUUCCUUCAUUUCCUAAUUAACAAAAAAAGAGAACAAAUGUUAUUCGUAAGGAAUCUUGCAUUAGGUAAUAUUUUCUUUAAUUAAAUGUUGCAAUAUUUCAAUCCGAACCGUAAAUAGGCGAUGCUUAUGAACAAGAUCGUGUGCGUGUAAUGUAAGUGCAUCAUUUAAUAUCUCGAUUUUUAAGUGUUUCGUGCAUUUCCAUUGACUUUAUCAAGGUCAAGGAAAUAUAGAACAUCUCGGUGAAAUUUAAGACGAACGAGUUUGUAAGGAUUAAGUGUAUAAUCGUGUGCUUAUCGGUUAAAGUAAUGUAAUGUCUGUACAUAAUAUCCCCUAUUUAUUGAAACGACGUAAUGUGAAUAUGUAUGCAGAUGGAUGUACUACAUAAAGAAAGAUUGUCAUGUGGCCUUAAUACUAAUGUAUAUACAUUCAAUUCAGUUCUGCCAAGUAAAUUAAAAAUUUAUUAAUCAAGCAUGUUGGUUCAUAUCAACGAGAUUGUCAUUUGAAUCACAAUGAUAGCGAAUUGAUAAAGUCAUCGAAAUUUUAUGUUAAAAUUGAUGAUAUGUCAUUCUGAAAGGUUUUACAACAGACAUUUAUUCACAAUUUUUGCAAUAAGGAGAAAAAAAUGAACAUAACAGGCGAUUUUGAAAGUGUGUCAAUUUGAAGGAAAUUACUUUCUCUCGAAUUUACACAUGAAGGAGCAUAGAAUGCUUUUUGUGCAAAAAUAUUUUUUGCAAAGAAAAAGUCCUUCCAUUUCUCACAGGAUUGAAGCAGCAAAAUAACAGACAAAUGGAAAAGAAUAAUUGAAACUAAAAAACUUCAGCAAGAGUUUUGCGUGGCCUUUGUUAAGGAUUAUGACGAAAAAGUAUUUUAUCUACAAAUUGAUGAGUAUUAUAUUAGAUGAAUUAUUGGAUUUAAUGUUUGAGAUUUCAUUGAAAGUAUAUUCUUUGCAGGUAUUGUAAGAAAAAAUAACAAAUUCACCCGAAAAGAAAACCCUUCAUUUUUUUUGGACAGUAUGAAAAAAUAAAUUGUUACCAUUUGAGAAGAAAAUUAAAUUUUCUCCUUUAAGUAGAAAAAAGAAUCUGACAGAAUUUUUGAGAAAAAAACCUGUAUUGUAAAUAUGUACAUAAGAAAAAUUACUAGGAAAAAUGAGAUAAAGAAAUUUAAAACAAGAAAUCUCGUGUUGCCUCCUCACUGCUAAUUUCUUCGACUACUAAAAACAGAUAAUGUGAUUCUAAAAUAGACAGAAAAGGAAGAAAAAUUGAAUCGAAUAUUGUCGAAACAUUUAUAAUAUACAUUGUCUCAUAUCAGACUUGAACAAAUUAAGAAAGUUUUUAAAUACUUGAAAUCAUCAUCGUGUGCUUUACAUUACUUUAACGUUAUAGUUAGGAUUGGAAGAACAAAUAUCUUAGGCUCUUUAGCUUAUACAUUAUGCGUGGUCUUCGAUGAGUGCAAAGGGCGAGAUAACAGCAGAAUGAUAGUGUAAUACUUCUGAUUGAAUUUCACAAAAUGACAAACUUUGUUGAUGAAAAAUUCAGAAUUAUCGACCAAAACAGAUUUUUUCCAUUUACAAGCAAAUUGCAACUAGACAAAAGUAUGUGAAUGUGAAAACAUAUGUAUGUUUGGCACGUUACGUUGCAUUACUUUGAGGGCUCUCAUAACAAAAAUUCUGAUGAUAAAAUUUUUAUUGAGUCAAUUUCAACAUUGCAUAUGCAGUUUUCCUUAUACAUAAAUCCACUUUUUUACUGUUAUGUAAAUCUGUCGAUAUUUGCGAAAGUUCUGAAUCGAUUUUCAAAAGUAGGACAGUUUUAGGCGCAUACAUAAAUUAUUUCAUAAGGCUUCAACUACGAACUUGUCAUAUGAUUGCCAAUAAGCCAAAAAUUACACACUCUUCAUUCGGUAUAACAAUUAAAAUUCAAUUCCAAACAUGUCAACGAGCAUUUUUGUCACACUGAUUAACCUAACAUUUAGGUUUCCUAGAAACAUUAUGAUUGCUUUAAUAUUUUAAUUUAGAAUCUAGGCAUUUGAUAUUACUUCUUGUACACAAUGUACAGAGAUCUUUGUAACAAGAAACUAUUCUACGAAUUUUUCCCUCAAUUCUAUUAUAAAUAAUUGCUUAGAAUACAUAUUAAAGAAACAACUCGACUGAUUUGUGAAAAAGAUUUAAAAUAAAAUGAUAUAUAAUGUACAUAAGAUAAGGAAUGCAAAAUGUAGAUAGACUUUUUUAAUGAGUUCUAUUAAUAAUGUGUAUUUCUUAAGAAAUCGAUUUUAUAUUAUUACCUACCGCAUAAGCGUGAGUAAUGUUUACGGAAGAUACUAAAGAGUAUAUAAUUCUCCAUUCUCAUGGAGGAAGAAAGAAAGAAGAAAUUUUCUUAUAAUGUAUAUAUUAAGAUCCAUUUCAUUACACAUAAGUCAAUUCUAUACGAAUCAAUUAUUGUUUGACUAAGAGGAGUAAACAAAAUAAUUUUAAUAUAGAGAAUUUAGGAGACUUUGUAUAUAGAAUAUCACUUUAAAAUAAAAAAAGGGAUGUUAAAAGAAAAUCGUGAAUUGAAUCAUAUAAAAAGUCAUACAUAAAAUUUAGAUUUUUAGCUAAUAAAUGCUUUAGAAUAAGGAUAAAGAAAAUUUUCUGGUUAGAUUUACCUUUAAAAGAAUAAUCAUAAUUUACGAAUAAAAAGUUGAGAAAAGAAAUAUUAUAUAAUAAAAUCAUUAUAAAAUGAACCAACUGUAUUUUACUCAAUGAUGAUUCGUUUCUUCUUCAGGAUUGAUGCUUUUCAAACCCAAAAGCUCAUAGGAAAAGAGCUAUUCAGAGCUUUACUAUAAUAAUGUGGUAUGUGUCUUGGCUAGAACUGGCUGACCUCUUGUGGGCGAUUUCGGUACUCAACAUGAAUAUUUUUCAGACGACUGUUAUUGAGAUUUCCCUUCAUUCUCUUUUUUUUCCUUUCUUCUCUAAUUGAACACACUAGGUCGAGGUCAAGGAACUUCUCGAGAAUGACAGAGCAUGGUUUUCGACUUCAUAAUUGAAUCGAUUGUGCCACUU